AUGAUCCCCUUGGCAGAGACGAAUUACAGCAUGAUAAGCGAUGAUGAAUUGACAAGAAAAGGUUGUGGUGGAGAGCAGGAGGUAUUGGCUUGCUCCAUCUGUUCAAACGAUUUGAACGAAGUCCCAUUCAACUCGUCGAGUUGCGACAGUGGCAUUGGCACUUCUACUGUAUCCCAACCGCAAUUGAUUCCUUUAGAUAAUAAAGAAUCAAACGCCGAGUUGAGCGGCCUUUCGCCUCCUUCUCUACAAGAAGCAAACGAUAGAAAGAAAUAUGAGGACAUUGCUUGGACGGAGCUUCCAAGUGAGAUUAGGGAAGCAGCAAGCCGCCUUGGAUAUACCGAGGACAUGUGGGAUGAGAGCAAAGAGCCUAAGAUAUCCACAAAGUACUGGGCAGAGCUUGAUUCCAAAGAGAAAGAGGCUGCCACAGUUCUGGGAUAUGAUGAAACGCAAUGGAAUUUUGGGAACAAAAAAGUGACACCUGGGGAGUACGAUGACAUGGAUUGGAAUCAGCUUCCAAAAAACAUUCGGAAGGCCUAUAGAGUUUUUGGCUACAGCAAGAAAAUAUGGAAUGACGAUGAUGCGCCUGCUUCGUUUGACAAAGACUGGCACGAGCUGACAGAAGCCGAGCAAAGAGCCGCGACUAUAAUUGGUUACUGCGAAGACACAUGGGAUGAAGACCCCGAAGAUGAGCAACCCAGAAGCAUUGAGGAAGAAUCCAUCGAUUUCCUGAGGGGAGCUAGCUACAUUUUGCUAGAAUGCAUCUCGACGGCAGCCUUUUCUGGAUGUAUCGAGAUGAUUUUCUCUGUUGGGAAACGAAUUCUCGAAAAGAAUGCUCUCAAUGCUUUGAAGAUCGUCAUUGGACUUGCCAUUAUGCAGUUCAGUGGUCAGACGCACAGGUGGUUGAAGGGGGAAGAAGAAACAAUGACGCUAGGAAAAAAUGGGGGGGGAAUCAAGCACGAUACACUUUCCCGUUCAUUCCUGAAUUUGUUCUCGUGGUGGACGAUAUUUGCGGGGGUGGAACAUUUCGUAGGUGCUUUCGAAGAUGACCUGCUCUACAAGUAUGCCGAUACACAAUGGUAUUUGAACUUGUGCGAGUUGGAAAAAAAAGUCAACAAUACGUGUGAAGAGGUCCUAUGGAAUGUGACAGCAACGGAGAACAUGGCCUGUUUAACCGUUCCUCAAGAACCGGCGAAUUACAUCAAAUACAUCAACAUGGUUGAAGAUUAUCUCGUUGAUACCGUCUGUGGACUCUUGGAUGAUGAAAAAGAGGUGAUGGGGCAGUUAUACUACUGGGCUCUUUAUAUUUGUUCAGCCAUUUCAAUGUGGUACGUGUUUGAUGACAACUUCUUGCGUGGUUGUGAUACUGAUUGA